UUCUCUGCCACAAUAGUCGCGAUGUCCCUGAACAUCGUCUCCAGCUGCGAGUGCCUUUCUCUGUCGGACACUUGGAGCUCUCCUUUGGUCAGGAUCUGUGGAAAAGAAAAAAAAAAGACAAAGCAGAUCAAAGUCUCACAGAAAGCCCCCAGUCCCAGUGAGAGCUAUUUCAUGUCGAUAUGGCACAACAGGCUGUACUUGUAUUCAGCCGCUGCACUUGUCUUUGGGGUCUGGUUCUCACUGAAGAUGGCACUGAAGAAGAAAAGCUUCUCCAAGGACGCCAGCUCGUUGGUCCACAAAGCUGUGACUAACAGUGACAGAGACGCUGUGGUUCACGUGUCAGGAGUUAAAAUCUUCUACGGCUCACAAACUGGAACAGCAAAGGGCUUUGCAAAAGAGCUGUCGGAGGAAGCGAAGACGUUCGGUAUACCAGCAGAGGUGAUUGACAUGAAAGACUACGAUCCAGAUGAUCAACUUGCUGAUGAGUGCACCAACAAGUCAGUCUGCGUGUUUCUCGUGGCCACCUACACUGAUGGAGAGCCCACAGAGAACGCUGAGUGGUUCUGCAAGUGGUUGGAGGAGGCGUCCACUGACUUCAGAUAUGGGAAGACCUACCUCAAAGGCCUCAGAUAUGCAGUGUUUGGUCUUGGCAACUCUGUCUAUGUUGGCCACUAUAAUACGGUGGGUAAAAAUGUGGACAAGUGGCUUUGGAUGCUGAGUGGCAUGCGGAUCAUGACCAGGGGAGAGGGCGACAGUAAUGUGGUGAAGAGCCGUAAUGGCAGCAUCCAGGCAGACUUCCUGGCCUGGAAGGUCAAGUUCCUGAACCGCCUACAGGCCCUGGCCAAGGGUGAGAAGAAGAGCUGCAGUGGGAACUGUAAGACUGGAGGCUCCUGUAAGAACAAGAGGAAAGACGGACAGGAGGAGGAGGAGGAGGAGGAGAAGGCAGCCCCGCCGAAUAACUGUUCAGAGGAGGAUCUGAUAGAGUCCAGCAGUGAUGAGGAGGAGUCUGGCCUGCAAGAUGAGAAAAAAUCAGAUUCAGUGGUUGACAUGGAGGAUCUGGGCAACAUCAUGAACAGUGCCAAGAAAGCAAAGAGCAAGGAGGAAGGUCGAGGAGACGGCCAGAUGGUGAAGCUAUCGAAGUUGAACGGAGUGAAGAAGAUUGAAGAUGAAGGGGAAAGAAGAGAGAUGAUCACCCCGGCCCUUAGAGAAGCACUAACAAAGCAAGUUGCUAGGAGCGAGGUGAGAGGAGGACAUGUGCUCUCAAGGGUACAAACUAAUUGGAAGUCACUCAGGAGUGAAGCUUUGUCGAUGGACCAAGUCUAUGUUGCGAGGGAGAGGAGGCUGUUACAAGCACACUUUCUAUGGUAUGAGUCCCACCGGUGCAUGGAGACUACCCCCAGCCUCGCCUGUGCUAACAAGUGUGUCUUCUGCUGGAGACAUCACACCAACCCUGUGGGCACAGAGUGGCGCUGGAAGAUGGACCCUGCUGAGAAAAUCCUUCAGGAUGCCAUGGAGAAGCACCAGAACAUGAUUCGACAGUUCAGAGGUGUCCCUGGAGUGAAGCCUGAGCGGUACGAGGAGGGCUUAUCAGUCAAGCACUGUGCCCUCUCCCUGGUGGGUGAGCCAAUCAUGUACCCCGAAAUAAACACCUUCAUCCGCCUCCUCCACUCCCACCACAUCUCUAGUUUCCUGGUCACCAAUGCACAGUUCCCACAGGAAAUCAGGAGCCUGGUGCCAGUUACCCAGUUGUAUGUAAGUGUGGACGCCAGCACCAAAGACAGUCUGAAGAAGAUUGACCGGCCACUUUUCAAAGACUUCUGGCCCCGCUUCCUGGACAGCCUCAGGGCCCUGGGAGAGAAGAGACAGAGGACGGUGUACAGACUGACGCUGGUCAAGGCCUGGAACGUGGAAGAGAUGCAGGCCUAUUCGGAGCUCAUUGCUUUGGGCCAGCCGGACUUUGUUGAGGUCAAGGGAGUGACAUACUGUGGGGAAAGUUCUGCCAGCAGUCUGACCAUGGCUAACGUCCCCUGGCACCAGGAAGUGGUCGCCUUCGUCCAGCAGCUGGCUGACAUGCUACCUCAGUAUGAGAUCGCCUGCGAACACGAGCACUCUAACUGUUUGCUCAUCGCACACACCAAGUUCAAGGUGGAUGGCGAGUGGUGGACAUGGAUCGACUACGAGCGUUUCCAGGAGCUGGUCCAGGCUUACGAGGAGAGUGGGGGACAGCAGAACUUCUCAGCCUUGGACUACAUAGCCAAAACUCCCAGCUGGGCUCUGUUUGGAGCCCACGAGCAAGGUUUUGACCCCACUGACACACGCUUCCAACGACGCAACAAAGCCAAAGACAUUUCAGGAUGCUGAUAGAUGAGAGAGAGAGAGAGCGAGAGAGCAAGAGAGAGAGAGGUAGGGUGAAUAGAGUGAGUGCUGAUCUCUCUAGCUAAAAGUAAUAAAGUAGGGUUCAAUGUUUCUUUUCUUUGAGUUUCAAAGCUUCCUUUUCCUGGACAGUUUUUACUCUCCACAGCGUCCCUCAUUCUCAUGUAAUCUUUCUCCCUCUUUUCAUUUUGCUUCAAUUUGGAUCUUUAAUUUUAUUGGCUUGACCCUCAAGAUCAGUCAAAACUGCCAGAAUCAGUUCCUUUACACCAAGUUUCUAGACAUUCCCCUUCACUUUUACUGGUUCACUGCUUCUUUUGCUUUGUAUAUGUACAUAGAUUUUUCAUACUUCCCUCCUUUUUUGAAGCGGUCAUUAUUAUAGAUAUCAGUGGCUUUGAUCUGUGUAACCAUCUGGCAGCACUUUGGAAAGUUUACACUGUUAAAGUUGAACCUGGCAAUGGCUUUAUCACCAGCCUAAUUUGUGACAUUUUUUAUCAUCCUGGCUCUAGUUAGGCAGCUGUACAGCUCAGGACAUGAUUCUCCUCAUGUCGUCUGUGGCAGUGACACAUCUUUCCCAAACACCUUUGCUCUUCGUCCUACUUAUUAGGACAGUGGUUGUAUUAACUUUGAAGUGAGAGACUAAAGCAAUGAGAGAAGAGCAUCAAGGCUGAAUCUCUACUAGGACAGUGGAGCUUCAUGAACUGUUGUACAUUCCCAGCAGUGUCAGCUUUGCUUGGUGUAAAUGCUCUGAGCCUGGAUGGUAGAAAAUAUUGCAGCUUUCAACAGAUAGUUCUGCCAUUCUGACAGGUUUGCUGAAGAUUAGUAACAAGUGGACAAUUUUUAAAAAAAAUCAAACAACAUAAUAUAUUUGACUUGAUAUCGAAAAUAUGACAACAUUUUGGGUGUGAUUUGAGCUAAUCUAGGAAAAAGUCAUCAGUAGUUAAAUAUAAUAAAGUGGGUAAAGGCACUAAAACUGAUAAACUAAUUGUAUUGCAGUUCAAGAAUGAAUAAAUCGAAAUUGAAGCUGUAACACAGAAUUGCAAUCACCCUAUUCUCACUUGACGAUGUCAAGUCUCAUAUCAUUAUGUCAAUACAUCUCCCAGCUCUGAGUUAAAUAGACACAACACUGGGCACAAAGAUAAAUAAACUGCUAAUGUCCAACACAUUUAAAAUAUUCAUCCAACCCCCAAAUGUAUGCUGUCUGAUCUACAUUCAGCCACCAUCCAGGAUAAGGUAUGAGUAUGAAGAGCAGCAUCAUAUCGGUCUGACUCAUGUCCAGCAUGUCAGAAUAAAGCCUUAUACUGAUAUUUUAUUCAAUCCAGAUGUAAAAAUCAAGUCCAUUUUAAUUUCUUUUAUUUGAAUGUAAAUCCAGCUAUAAACGUUUAAGUCCAUUGUGAUUUGUUUUGUAAUGUCUCCAAUGUUGCAGUGCUUCCCUUUUGGGAGAAAGAGCAGGUGUGUGGAUAUACCACUAUAAUAAAUGUAUUUGAAAUAC